CGCUGGAUUUAUCAAUAAUACCGAUAAGCAAGCUUAUGUGGGCGCGAAAGUCUUGAACAUUUUUAACUAUUCAACGUCAAACAAAGAAGACUGUUCCAAAAACUUUAAGUAAAAUAAAAAUUUUUAAUGAAAAAGUGAUAUAUGAAGUACUGAAUAAAAAUUCAAAUUACAUAGUGUUAAUUGACAUAAAAUACAUCAAACACAUGAGCGAACAGGAGUUCUCAUAUAAGAGACUUUUGCCGACUUGCAGGGUGAUCGUCUCCAUUAUGGCCUGCGUAUCCUGUAUAUCGGGCGUGGCUGCCGGCUACCUUUUUAUGACCAGCUUGUCAGGUGUCUCUGAGGCGGUAAAGAUUGUGUGGACCACCGGAUCGGCUCUCUAUGCAUUAUCCUCGCUCCUGUUGAUUAUUGCAGUUUGGAAGUUCAUUAAAUGGCUGGCCUAUCCAUACAUGUGCAUGCUGCUCAUGGCCAUUGCCGUCUACACGAUGAUCUUGCAGUGGUUACUCAAGAACCUACCGGCUGCCGUUUUUUCAUCCGUGGCCAUCAGCUUUAUAUUCCUUGGAGUGGCGUUGAACAUGACCAAAAACCUGGAAGAACUACGCACAUCUUUAUAAAGCAAUGCAAAGUUUACUCGUUUGGCUUUCCAUUUAUAUUAAAAAUUUUCCAUGCCGUAAUCGCUUGACACAUAUGUAUAUACAAAAAAAUUAAAAAGCAACGAAUACCUACUUGGAUUAAUAUAGGAAAAUAAUAGGUAUAUGCAUGAAAAAAUGUAUAUAAAGACUUUGUUAAACUAAUAUUG